CGCUGGGCCCCAUUGUCCCUCUAGUCCAUGUCCUUUACUGGUACAGCACAUCUGACCCUCCAAAAAGCUACAAGCAGCACCAACUAAUCAAUCCUCCCACCACAACCAUCGAAACAGGAACAACCGACGCCACCGCCGCCGCCAUGUCCUCCGCCUCCCCCUCCACAGCUAUGCCCCGCCUCUUCAACCACCACGCCUACUGGUGUCACGAAUGUGAUAUGAGCAUCGGCCUCCCUCCUUCCCCAACCCCAAAUGCCCUCCUCUGCCCUCACUGCCAUCACGAUUCCCUUGAACAUAUGGACGAUUCCCUUGAACAGAUGGACUAUUUUGCCCCUUCCCCCACCAUUGACACCCCGACCCACCCCUCCUUAACAGCCCCAGAUGAUAACUUCCUCCUCACAAGCCCCUACCUACACCGCCUCAUCCACCUAACAGCCCCAACCGCCCCCACCACCAAUUCUCACUCAAACCCUGCCCCUAAAUAUGCCAUAGAUUCCCUUCAAGAAAUUACCAUCACCCAAGAAAUGCUCGAUGAUGACCCCAAUAUGUUGUGUCCGAUUUGUAAGGACCCGUUUCGCUUAGAUGCCUCCAUGAAAUUGAUGCCGUGCAAGCACACCUAUCACGCGGAUUGUAUUGUUCCGUGGCUCGAGAUUAAUAAUUCUUGCCCGGUUUGUCGGUUUAGGUUGCCAACAAAUGAGGAGAAGUGCAGGGAGGGGUUGAAUGGUGGGGGGACGUAUGUGGGGUUUGUGAGACUUGAGGAAUUGGUGGAGGAUGAGGUUGAUUUGUUCGGUUUUAGGAAUACUCUUAGACACAUUGCAAGGAGGCGUCGAAGGGAUGAAGUGGGGAUAAUGGAAGAAAAUGUUGCGAGUGGGAGCAUGGAGAAUUUGUUCUCCCCAACACAAAUUGGGGAAGUGGAGAGAGGGGAGGGAGUUUUGGGGAGGCAGAAUAGUGUGGAGACUGUGUCGAGUUGGCCGAGGGGGCCGGUGGAGGAAAGUAGUGGUGGUGGAGGAAGGAGUGAUAAUGUGCUGCUGUGAUUCGGGUUUUGUUCCGUUUCAGCAAAGUUAGAGGUGAUGUAUAGUCGUCAUGGUCAUGCAAGGGUAUCGUAUCGCCAAUAAUGGUUCUGGCAAGUGUAAUUUUUGCCAUGGAUGACCAUGCUUCUGUUUGAUAACAUAUAAGCGCCAUUCUUGGUCAUAAAAGUGCAAUUCUUGUCCUUUUAUUGCCCCUUGUACCAUCCCUGUUCUUCAUUGGCGUAAGCAAAAUCAAUGCUUGUAAUAGAACUUGUGAAUUCUAUGCAAUAAAUUUUGUUAAGCAAUGACCAAAUAAUGUUGUGUGCUUAUUCA